AUUCCGAGCUGGCGGUCGGUCAUGUGACACGCACGUUAUACCUCCUCCACCCCCUCCCCCAUCGUAGGGGCGACAAUCAGGAAGCUGCCUGCAGGAGAGGGGCAGGAAACUGUCAGGCUGAGUUGAAGAUGAGGAGACGGGCAAGGUUGGCGGGUGGGUGAGUAACAGUGAGGGUGAAAAGUAAGGAAGGUGAUACAGUCCUCUGUGUCUCAAAAUAACUCUGUUGUAGGUUCUCACAAACGGGGGAUGGAGGGUUUGGUUUCCACUCGCCCGUGUUUGCUUCCUUGGCUGAGUUUCGAGUUUGUGUUUACGUCCUCUUGCCACCUGUCUCGUCUUUUGUGUUUGCCUGCACGUGUGCUUGAUGUGUUUGCUGUGCGCUCAUCGUGAACAUUAUUCGGAACAAACUUUGUGCAGCUGCGGGGAAGGCAGGAGGAGGUGAGGGUGGGCUUGAAUCUUCGGAGGGUGGAGAUGGUGUGCGGUUGGGAGGACGCACGGAGGUGAGUGAGAGAGGUUGACCCGUAGCAGGGGCGAGGAAGUGAGAAAACAGGCGUGAGGACGGCGGUGAGUCGGGGUGAAGAUGUGGGAAAGCAAGUGGAGCUUAAACAGGAUUGAGGAGGAGCAAUUCGAUUCUGAUUUGGAAGUCAUUCGUUACUGUCAACACGAAUAACCAAUUCGGUUUCAUGUCAAAUAAUCGAUGACGUCAUUGAUAUUUGAACCGUUAUCUUUUCAGUUGUCGACUUGCUUUGCGGCCUUCCGCUUCCAAAGCGCAAGCUCGCCGACGCUCCUCGGUUGCGUUGGCCGCACCCCCCCAGACUCGCUCGUCCAAUCCGAUUCAGACGCCUUCAAGGCCUCGCAGACAGUCGCAACUUGUGUAACUCUUAACACCGAUUCAUGCCACACAAAUGCCGAGUCACGACUCGCUCCAGUAUUGUAAAAAAAAAAAAAAAAAGUAACGACACUGCUGAUGUGUUACGUGGAUUGUUGGCAGAAUUCAUUGAGUUGGAACUGUCCGUGAGGCAGCGAAGGAGGAAGAGGAGUGCGUCUGUGGGAUGAUGACGUCUGUUACAGGAGGAUAUUGCGUCAAUUCGCUAAUUGACGUCUGACGCGAGGACUUAGGCGGCUCGUCGGCUAGCGUUAGCGGUUGCCUUUUCAGAUGGACGUUCAAAGCACUUUUGUUGGAUUUGAGAAUAGACUUGCAUAGUUUGCAAGUGACUGUGACACUACCCGUCUCGCUUUUAUUUAAAUAUUUCCACAAGCUUGAGGCUAGAUUUCUGUGUGGAUCCACCACUUGUUGCUUUCAGUGAGGCGGCAGAGUUGUUUAAGGGCAAAACACGUGAUUGGCAAUUAGUUAACUCGAAGCUUCAACCGUCAUUGUGUUAUGGUUAAGUCGAUGCAUCGACCAGGCAACUCGUCGGUUGGUUCACUUGAGACUUGCUUAAUUAGGGCUGCAGCUAUCAAAUGUUUUUAGAAUUGAGUGUUCGACAAGGGUCCAUCUUUAAUUUGCGGUGGCCCUGUCAGAACCGGUACUGGCUCCAUAUAUUCAUGAUACAAUACGAUAAUGAUUCAAUGAUUAUUUCACAUUUAGUGGGUAUGUGUACAGUGUGUGUAAAAUGGCUUGAUCGAUUCAAGUGGAUAAAACUCUAAAAUAAUUUUUUCAUUUCAUACUGGCCCAGGGCCAUCUGACCUCCGUUGAUGUCGGACCCUGCCGAGCGAUUAUCCAACGGAUUAAUCGAGUAAUUGGAUCAAAAUGUAUUUUGUAUCAUUGAACACAAUAACACUGACAUUAGACCAUGUGGAAAAAUGAUCUCUGCAAAGUUUCAAGGCAGAGAUUUGCUUUCGACCAUUUUCUGCAAUCGAAUUGAUCAAGCUUUUCGAUUAUCGGUGCAGCCCUAUUCCCUAAUGUUUUGUCACGGUAAUUACACAAAUCAUAUCACAGUAGUGUGAAGCAGGUGUACCUAAUAAUUUGUCCAUGUCCACGUGGAAAGUCAUUUGCAGGCUGUCAGAUGCAUGCCAGGGCAAUAGGUGGCAGUAUAACUUUAAAAUGCCAAAGCUUUUUCGGCAAUCAAUUGCAAGAGGUGGUUUGUGGGCGUGGCUUCGUUGUUCAAGUUGUCACCUUUCCUCCGGCAUCAGAACGCCGAUGAGGUCGACGUCACGCCGCGCACACAUGCUGUCACUCAAGUCUCCACGGAGCCGCCUGACCCACAUCUUGACCCUCCCUCUGUUUCCCCGUUGAUCUCGCACCCCAUCGUCUCCCCCCAUCGCCCCCCCCCCCCCCCCAAAGCCCCUACUCACCCUCAGCCUCCCCAGGCUGUUUCCAUGCUGCUGCCUGUCUCUUAGCAACAACUGCACACCCGUUAGAGCUCUGUGAGUGCUUUUACAAACACACCCAGGAAGACGCGCUCGCUCACACAUGCACGCACACGCGCGCACACACACUGGGUCUAGUUCCUCAUUGAGCACUGCUGGCAAGUGUGCGCGUCUGAGACAGAUGAGAGGGAGUGCACAUGUGCAGCGCAAUGCUGGUUCUUGCGGGGGCAAUGGGCCAAACUCUUGUGCGUGGUUUCACACAAACACACGCGCGCACACACAUGCACGGGCUGUAGUGUACUUGCUGGUCUUUGUCACACACAACUUGCCUGAAUGUGCUGUGUAUGAAGAUGAAUUUAUCAGAAUGGUGGCUGAUUGAUUCCAAAAGUGUUGUUCAAACAAUGAAUCAUAGUGCACACACACAAACAAGCACACGUAUUUGCAUGUGUGUCCUUGUGUGUUUGUCUUUAUGUGCAAAUGGAGGCGCGUGUGAAGCGUGUGGGUGGAUGAAGCUGUUGUGGCAUAUUUGCACGAGUGUGUGUGCGCGCGCGUCGUCGCCGUGUGUCACUCACAGCGUGCAGAGAGUGUGUGUGUUUAAUUAAAGCAUGUGUUUGUCUCUCCAGCUCACACACACAUACGGGUCAGAAGGAUGAUUAAUUAAUGAAUGCUGUUAAUUAGAGGAGGGAGGAAGAAAGUGUAUGUGGGGAGUAGCGUGAGGAGGUAUGAGAGUUAUGGUGAGAAUGUAAGAAAGUAGGGGUGAGAGUAGUCGUGAAGAUGUGUGAAAGCAGGGGUGAUCAUGUGGUAUAGUUAGGGUGAGGAUAGAGGAAAGUAGGGUUGAGGAUGUAGGAGACUAGUGGGUGAGGAUGUAGGAGACUAGUGGGUGAGGUUUUAAGUGAACGUGGGGGAGGAUGCAGGUCGAUAGGAGGCCAUGUGGGGAAGUAGGAUGAGUAAGUGAAAGUUGGGUGGCCUGGUUACGGUGAUGCUUGAGGACAGGAGUGAGGUAGAAAGUGUGGGUGUCAAAUAUACCUUCUCUCAGCCGCUUUCUUCCAUCUGUCACAUCUCCCACAUUUCGCCUCUUAUUUUCUUAAAACACACUCACACAUGCAACACACUCCUCCCUCCCAGACUCCCUUGGUCCCUUCCUCCCCCGUCUCUCCCCUCACGCUGCUUCCUCUCUAAUCACAGCCAUAUGUUGGCGAGGCAGACGCAGAGGUGAUGUUGUGUUGUGAACGCUGUUGUGUGUUUCGCUGUGUGCACAUGUGACCUACACACAAACACACACUCGAACACACACACACACACACCCUCUUAUCAUCGUUUCGGCUGUCACCUCGACGUCUUCAUCCGCUUUGCACCUCAAUCCUCAUCACCGCUUUGCUUCCCCCUGGUGGCUGCUAUUGUAUUCACACUACACAAGACAACAGUGACCGUUUGUCCUUCUUGUUUUCAGUAUUUUCCGAAUCCUACCACUACGUAUUUCGGCGGUAAAGCCCAAAUUAAUGGCACAUUACAGCUGGUUGCGGCCACUAUAAAUCCAUGGUAGCCUGCUAAAAGGUCCAAAAUGAUAGAAAAUGUAAACUUUGCAAUUUCUCCCACAGCCCAUUUAGGCACCAAAAUGGUUUCACGGGCACAGCAGGUCGCACUCCCAAAUAACCACAGGUUUACUGUCUACUCAUCUCUUAUUCUCCUCUUUUUUCUGCUCAGCUCUUCUUCACCUUCACCCCAGCCUCUGACCCCCCCCCCACUCCGUCUCCCAGCUUUUCUACACCUCUCAGCUACCAUGGGCAACGCAUGGAACAGAGGGGAUGCGGCUGGAGAGAGCCAAAGUGUGCCAAUUGCUGCUGCUGCCCACUGCAGUAUUGAUGACCCAAUGAUCCCCUGCAGAACUCUGCCAGUCGGGCAGACAGAGUGAGGUGAGCCUCGGAAUCCGAAUCAGCCGGCGACCAGACAAGUGGGACCUGGAUGGUCCUUGAAUCGUCUUGACAAGCUAUAGGACAUCAAAAGAGAGGCCCACUCGAGGUCCACUGGAUGUCCACCGGAUGAGUGGUCCGGCAGGACGUUUACACAUUGGACAAAGUGAUCGUCUGGUGGGCGACGGCGAGGGAAAAAGGCUGCGAGCUCUUGACCAAAGGGCUCCUGGCUCACCAUGCCCUGCCACCGGUGACCGCCGGUGAUCGCCGACACUUCCUGCGCAGCCCCCACGCUGGCCAACGGCGUCCACCCCCAGCGCAGGGGCGGGCACCCCACCAACCCACCAAGACGGGCUGUAACUGGCGCUGAGCCGCUGGGAAGCAUGCAAACACACAUAGACACGCACACGUUUUCUCACGCCAAUUUGGACUCUUGCGGUUCUGUCGGAGCCCAACAGUCCAGAACUCUACGCGCGACGUCACCUCAGGCCUUGUCUUUAGCGCUUGGCAAUCAUCCGACCUCGGCCAAUCAGGCAGCUGGGCGGACCCUGGCUGCAGAAAUGGAUGUACCGGCAAAUGUUUGUCCGAACGCGGGCUCGUCCCCUCUCAUUGUGGAGGCCGAGAGGAAGUAUGCGCUGCGCAGCUCCGGACGUUCCCGCUUCCCCUGUCACGUGCGCAAAUCCUCCCGCCUCCGUCGAACCCCGGAGGACGGCGAGAGGAGAGCGGAGAGGGAGAGAGCAGAUCAAGAGUCGGCGCAGAAGAUCUGGAGGGUUAAAGAAGAGGAGGCAGGCGGAGGAGAUCUCCCGAAAAAAGAGCAACCAGCAAUAGAGGCUAUCAUUCCCACAGCUUCCUGCCCUGCAGACGUUCCUCUUGCCCUAACUGUACCCAAACCCGUCCCUAAAUCUACCCCAAAACCUGGACCCAGACUCGGGCACAGACCUGGACCUAAAUCUCGCUCGAGGCCCGCUCCCAAGUCGCUCCAGAGACCCGGUCCUAAAAGUGUCAUGAGACAGCGUCUGGCAGCGCAGGCGGCAUUGCAGUGUGCCGCCGCUCAUCUCCCGCCGCCCGCCGUAGCGGUGCCACUUGUGAAAAAGGAGGUGCAGAUUUUCUCUCCCAAUGGCCGGCGGUGUGGACGUUUUGUCGGAGUGAGGAAGAUCGUGGUCAAGGUGGCUCGCAUUCCUGUCAACCUCAGCCGGCGACAGAAAAGCUACAAGAUCUCCAAUUUGGAGACGAUUGCGGCACCAGAGAAGGGUAACGGCGGGACUGCGGAGGGCCCGGAAGUGGCUAAGGAGAUGACGGCGUUCCUCCGCAUGAAGAACAACGGCAAGAGCGUCAUCGUCAUGUUCCCGCCCGGAGAGCUGCCGCUUAUCAUUAAACGCAGGCGGGGACGACCGCCCAAACAGCCGGUGGUGAUGGUACCAGGGGAGGCCCCAGCUCCUUGUGGUGACGGGGACCAGCUCAAAAAGCCCCGGAGGAGGCGGCGGACUAAACUCCCUUGUCCCUAUCCAUCGUAUGUCGGUGACACAAAUGAUGCGAAGACCGAGUACGGGGACGUCCUAUCCAAACUGGCCUUUUUGAACCGCCAGCCGCCCACCACUGGCCGAUGCUCCCCCCCUCGCUGUUGGACGCCCAGCGAGCCGGAAAGCUUCCACACCCCGUCGGAGAACCCGGGAAUAUCCACCCUGCUGCACCGGCUCACCGGGUUCAGACGGCCCCGGGGCAGCAGAGGAGGGGGUGCCGGGAGGGGUGGGGGCGCUGCAGGGGGUGCUGGGGGCAGCGAGCAUAAUAAGAGCGCCUUCUGUGACUUCUUUGAGUCCAUUGGAAAGAAGCGCAAACUGAGCCCACUCUCUGAGCAUGCAUUACCCAGAAAAAGGGGGAAGGGUGUUGGGGGUGUUGGUAGAGGAGGGGGUGUGGUCGGAACCGGGCUCGGGGGGGAGAAAACAGUAAGAAAGAGACGUGUGAGGAAAAAUGGCACAUUGAAAGGGGAGGGGCUUUGCAUGGGACAGGACUGGCCCAAUGGUUCAGGGGGAUGGGGGGAGGAGGACACUGACAAACGGUACCAGCUCUGCGGCUCCACUAGGGGGGGCUUUCCCUCCUGUGAGGUUGGCAGGAGGGACGCCUACUGUCGCGGAAGCAAGGGGGUCCGGCAAGCCGGGGAGGACUCGCAAAGUCUGUUUGCAGGAUAUUUCCGAUCCCUGCUGGACUCUGAUGACUCGUCUGAACUUUUGGAGAUCUCGCAUUCAAAUGCGCGCAAAGCUUCAUCCGGUCACAGUUAUGAACCAACCAGCCUGGCGACAGGUCACCGAUGGUCGCCGGCCCUCGCUAAAUGGGGUCCCAACGUAGCAAGUUCUGUCGCGGAAGGUCCCACGCAGAUGCAUUGCUCCUCUGCCGGGCCGCCUUACAACUACGCCAACCAGACUCAAACGUCACCCACCCCUUCCAGCUACCCCAAAUCCACCCCUCCGUCCGUCUCGCACUCUCCCAGCUCCCCUCACCCUGCCGGCUAUGGCCACUACUCUCCCGCCUACGCCCCCCCCUCUUGCGUCGGGCCCCAGAGAUCCUCGGACUGCAGUUUUUCAUAUAGCAGCAGCAGCGGAAAAACCGGAGUUCACGACCGUGGUCAGAUGGGCUACUCUGGCUACCAGGCGGCGGCCAGGAAGGGCUACGGUGGGAGUCCCACCGCAGGGCCCACGUCGCCAGGUGGAGGGUACAUGUCGGUGGCCAAAGGCAGCCCCUUUAACUCCUCGUCCUCGCCAGAGUGUUACAAACAGCACAACAGCAACCAGUGGAGCUUCAGACAAGCUUACGGUGGCUGGUCAGCAGACAAUUUUGGGCCUCAGGCUUACAGUGAGUACGGCUCCAAUGAAUCAAAAGACAUCUUGGACAUCUCCAACUACACUCCCCAGAAGGCCAAGAGACCCGCUUUCCCAGAGAGUCUGUCGGAAUCCUCCUCCGACUCCUCGCAUCCCGGCUCGGGGGCGGCUGGGAGUGGACCUCCUUCCAUGGGGGGCGUCUUAAAACCGAGCGAAGCGGUCGGCGGGGACGGGGCUCAGUCCAGCCUGUCCAGCCUGGAAAAGCUGAUGAUCGACUGGCACGAGAGCGCCUCGGCGCCUUCCUACAACUGGAGCCAGAAUGUCCUCUUCCAGGGCGGCGGGACCAGCAAGCUCGGCCGGGGGCGCAGGAAACGGACUGAACAGCCGGAAAAAGAGGGAGGCUCUGUUUUACACUUGGAUUCCCCAUCCAGUCCCUCACCAACACUCACUCCUAAGCGCGGAGGGGCCGGGGGACGGGGUCGAGGUUCCAGAGGAGGCAGAGGGGGGAUGUCCGGGUGCCCGAGGGAGCGUCUUUCGGGAUCCAAAGGCAGGGGGAAAGCUGCCCCGGCUUCUUCAAGUCUGGAGACUUCUGGUGUAUUCCAGGAGGGUCUGGACUAUUACAGCGGAGACAGUAGCAGCCUCUCGCCCUUGGCUACGCCCAAUUCCGCACCCCCUUCCAGCUACCUCCAGGACCCCUGCGAGUACCCAUCCCCUUAUUCCGCCAACCCCUCCACGCCAUCCUCUGAGGAGCGCUAUCCAGCCUUGUACCCCGGAGAGUCCUCCUCCUCCCUGUCACCCGGUGUGUCGUCUCCCCCUUAUUCUGCCAAACCGCAGUCGUACCACCUUGUUUCCUCCAGAACCUUCUCCCCGUCCUGCUCCCCUGUACCGCGGGCAACAGCCCACUGCAGCUCGGCAAUGAGCCCCUCAUACCGUCCCCCUCCCAAAGAAGCGCCGUUCUCUCAGUACGACUCCCCCAGCUACUGCGGCUCGCCAUACUGGUACGGACAAACGUCGCACAGCAGCACCCCCAGCCCGAGUACCCACCCGCACACGAGUCCGCACGCCAACACUCACGGGAACCUGCUGACGAGCCCCCACGCCAACAUGAACCCACCGCCUCACGACCCGCAGCAUCACCUGAGUUCCCACGCCAAACCCUAUGGCGGCAGCGCCCUCGCUCACACGCACGGCAACAAUCAGCCCCAUCACGCCACGCAGGCCGCCUCCCACUCGGCGCCCUUGCUCUACGACGAGUGCGGCGCCGCGACCGCCCACAAGCAAGAGCUGAUGCGGCGCCAGGGCCUUCUGACGCCACCGCCCUACACGAAAAGCGCCCUGGAGGAGGAAUCGGGCGCUUACUCGCUGUCCCAGCUUUCCUGCCAAGUCAUGGGGCACCGCUACCCGUCGCAGGCGUCGCAGCAAGGAGGCGGGGUGCUGUGCCAGCUUCUGGAACAGGGCCACGAUGACAGCUUUAGCGUGACCAGGCUGUAACAGCAGGUGUGCCGUUUAUACAUUUGUUUGAUUCCUCAAGAGAACAACAUUUAUGAGGCCGCUAGUGCAUUUUUAUGAGCUGCCCGUGUCGGACAAUGUGUAAAAAAGGAAGCUGUGCAGAUUGUGGCCCUACUGUUACAUCACUACAGGGACAAUGUGCGAAGACCCUCCAUUUUCUUCUCAAGAUUACACAGAACCAGUAUCAGGGCAGCACAUGACGGUUUUAAGAUUCUGGCUGCUGUGAACAGGGCUUUUUAGAGAGAGGCUGAUAGUUGGUGUGUAGACAUUCUUGACCCUCUGGGCUGUUUUCACGGAAGCAUCAUUGAGUUGUUCUUUGAAACGUCUAAUCUGACUUUCUCCCUUUUUGUCUUUGUCCUUCUUCUGCUUCCAGGUGCGCUCAAUCUGCGCUUUUGGAAGCAUUUGUUUUUUUCCCCCCCUCGCUUUUGUACGCUUUGACUACUUCUUUGCGGAAGGCUGCAAGGGUGAGAAUUUUUAGCUGCCAUCUUUUUGGGGGACAGUGAAGCUUUAAUUCUCCGGCACUGACAAUCAAGAUCAACCUGCGAGCACACACACGGACGCAUGUGCACAAAGAAUCAUGCAAGUCGGACUCCAAACGGCCCCGUUUUUUUUUUUCCCGUUGCUUUCUUUGUCCCCCUCCCUUGUCCUUCCUCGACGUUCCCGCCUCUUGCCGCUGUGCACGCUUUUGAAACGGCCGCCGUCCCCUCCCCGCUCUUCUUGAGACACCAGCAUCUGUACAUACUCUCCUCCAUGCUCUUCUGCGACUGUCUUUUGCUGUCUUAACUCCACCCGAAGGACCCCAGAGUUGUGUGCGUGCGCGUGUGCCUGUGGGGUCCGAAUGAGUGGGCUUUCUUUCACUCGCUCCCUUCUUCUUUCUGUUCUGUGGUCUCGUUGUUGUCGUUCGGUGGUUUUUUUGUGACGCGAAAUUUCCCCCCAAAAAAGAAGUUGUAUAUCUGUCCGCUACAAAUUUAUGUAUGUAGUAUGUAUGUAUGUAUGUAUGUAUGUAUGUAUGUAUGUAUGUACCCGAGGUGCACAAAUAUUGAAAUACACAUUCUGUUCUUGCCAUUGGUAACGUCGCGUGUGUAGUGUCUAAUUCUCCCUUCGGAGGGAUUAUGACGAGCCAGCAAGUUGGGCUUUAACUCCGGCUGUCUUGGAGCGAGAGCGAGAGUGCAGGCGGGGACAGAAAUCGGGAAGGGAAGGAGGAGGGAAGCGUGAGAGGAAUCGGGUGGCUGCUCGGGAGGAAAUCCGAGUGCUUCGGGAUUCAUUGCUCCGGUGGCUCGACAGACGGGGGAGUCGAUUGGCCGCGUGUGGCGUAUACAUACGGUUUGUCGACAGGGCUGACUAAAUAAGUGUGCUUGCCGUGGGAGCGUUCUCGCCGCGUAGCAAUUACUAGAGCGCUCAAAAAGGCCACAGAAAGACGUUACUUUGAACUCGUUUCGCAAGAAGAGUUGUCCAUUUUGCCAGCCGUUUAAGAGCAUUCUGACGGAUCUUUCGAGACCCACAAAAUAUUGUGUUCUGGCUUCUUUCACCCGAAGAAAAGUUUGUUUUCUAGCUUUUGCCGUUCUUUUGUAAUCAGCUGUAGAACAUGGGAUGGUUUCACCAAAAACACCUGUUUCUAUAUGAAAAGUGGAGAGUUGAUAUUUUGACGUCAGCGACAGUGAACGAGUUAAGAAAAUCUCCCUAAAAUACGCUAUAGUGAGUCCUGUGAUUAUAAUUUGUAACGUGCAGCAGCUGUAGCCACUAACAGGACCUGAUAGGAACCAUAUUUGGUAACUUCAAAUUGUACAAUGUUGGGAAUGUGCUGCUAACGAGAGAGCUGCUCAACUCAUUUUCAUCAUUUCUACAAAAAUGAAUGAUAUGAAUUCAUGAUAUUCUAUAAUUGAGUUUAUGAGUAAAAAGAGACUAGAGGAAAAGAAAACACACUAGUUUCUCGGGGGAGAAAUUGUGGUUUAGGUGCCCUAGAAAGGGUUAAUGACCAUCUUCUGCUGUUGCUAGGUGAUAGCAUCUGCAGUGUGCACACUAUUAUUUUUUUAAUCCUAACUCGUGGCUGCUUUUUACGUUAUUACCACAAAAAAUGUCUAACUAAAACGAAUAUUAGUGCAGCAGCAGACCUGACUCCAUUUUUGAAAUAUUUCUGCGUCUGUCUGUGGCUCCCGAUUUGCUCGGGAACAAGACAAUGUAGGAAUAUUCUCUAAUUAGCUAAGCUUUGCUAACAUAUAUGAUUUUACUCGAAAUGGAGAAUAUUUACGAAACAUGCAUCAAAAGUAAUCCGUUUUUGCAAUACAAAAAGGAAUUCUUUUUAAUUCCAAACAAUGAGUUGAGUGGGUCGCAAGAAUGUGACGUCACAAUUCAGGCGGGUCGGAAGGAAAUAAAACGUCGCCCGCCGGCCGAGGAAUGUGCCUCGUCGUCACAGUUUCUCGCCCCGGGGGGCCGUGACCCCAGCCGGGGGAGGGCAAGGCGAACGGGGGAGGUCCAGGCUUCGGGACUCUCCGGCUCCCGGAAGUGGCGCUCCUUCUCCCGCCGCCGCCGCUGCCGCUCACGUUCCGGCUCGUCGUGAUCCCGCCGCGGCCGCCGUGGCUUUGUCCGUCGUGAGCAUCGAGCCGGAGAGGAGUUCCGGGAGGGAGAUGACGGAGGCGGCGGAAGGAACGAGCGCAUACGAGGACGAGAGCGAGAUGAUCUGGCGCCAGGUAUGUGGCGUCGCGUGAGAGAAAAUGUGAUUUUAUGUUCAGCUUAGGUUUUUAUUUCGUUUCAGCAAAGCUCCUGAAGCCCAAGCUAACAGG